AUGGCCAACGUUAACGAUACUGGAAAGAAAAAUGGAAUAUUGGAUUCUGCAUUGGAUUUGAUCGGGAACACUCCAAUCGUUGCACUCGAUAGGCUCUGGCCGGGUCCAGGUCGUAUUCUUGCAAAAUGCGAAUUUAUGAAUCCAGGGGGUUCCAUUAAGUGCCCUUCUUCACUUCACAUGAUACAAAAGGCUCGUGAAAGUGGAGAACUGAAACCCGGUGCACCUGUAGUGGAAGUUACUUCUGGAAACCAAGGUUGUGGACUGGCUGUAGUGUGCGCAGUACUUGGGCAUCCUUUAACACUUACUAUGUCUAGCGGCAACAGUGCACAAAGAGCUUCAAUGAUGGAAGGCCUGGGUGCUAAGUGUAUCAAAGUUCCACAAGUGGAAGGUACGUAUGGUAACGUGACUGUAGCAGAUGUCAAGGAAGCUGAAAAAGAAGCAUUAAAAUUAGUUGAAAAAACAGGUGCAUUUUAUGUGAAUCAGUUCUAUAAUCAAUUGAAUGCUGACUCACAUUAUCAUAUUACUGGCCCUGAAAUUUGGCGGCAGACAGGUCAGCACGUCGACGCCUUCAUAGCGACAGUUGGCACUGCUGGAACAUUCGCUGGAACUUCAAGAUUCUUGAAAGAAAAGAAUCCUAAUAUUAAAUGUUUUGUAGCAGAGCCAUCUGGGUCAGAAGCAAUCAAAGGUUGUCCGAUUACCAAACCUCUACAUUUAUUGCAAGGGUCGGGAUAUGGUUGUGUACCGAAUUUGUUUAAAUUUGAUACUCUCGAUGGUACUCUCAGCAUUACUGAUGAAGAAGCAUUAAAGUAUAAAAAGCUAAUUGGGGAAAAAGAGGGGUUAUACGUGGGAUAUACAAGUGGCGCUAAUAUCGCUGCAGCUGUAAAGUUGCUGGAGUCUGGUAAACUUCCAAAGGAUGCUUGGGUUGUCACUUUGCUCUGUGAUUCUGGCCUCAAAUACAAUCCGGAGCCAGAAAUACAAGCG